UCUUCUCUUACUGCAAAAAUUUCUUGCUUUUUUAAAUUUUUUUUGGAAGUUCUAGUUAGAUUACCCAGUGAAUUCUGCAAUUUAUGCAGUAUUUUUAUUGCAUUUUCUGUGAGUUGUGCAGCCAUUAUAUUUCUAAGUUGCAAGAUUUCUUGUCUAUUUUUCUUCUGUUUAUCUUUAUUUCUCAUGCUCUCUUUUUCCCAGUUAGCUUUACUUGAAUUUAUUUUUUUAUACCCAAUGGGUUACUGUGAAAUUAUUUUUAUAUAUAUUUAUACUUGCAUAUGUUUAUUUUUAUAAUUUUUGCCUUUUUGGGUUGAUUUUUUGUGGCUGUGUCUUGGAGAAUCUAAAACUGAGGCAGUCUAUUUAAGUGGUUCCGAUUAGUUGGGUUUCUGUCCAUUGCUUUUUCCCCCAACUGCAACUUUCAAAUUCCUUAUUGGGAAUUUUGAAAAGGGCAGUUUUGAUUCUUCUGUAGAGUUAUAUUUUAUUGCUUUUGAUCUUCAUUCUUCUAUUAUAGUAGUAACUACUGUCUGCCUGCCUAUGAAUCAGUGUGUCUCCAAUUGUAACAUGGAGGGUGAUCUCCUCCCUUUGGGACACCAGAAGAAAUCCAUGGCGCCUGACCAUGAGCUUGUAGAGCUCUUGUGGAGAAAUGGGCAAGUAGUGUUACAAAGCAGAACAAAUAGAAAACCAUGCCUCAUUGCUAAUGAGUCCAAACAAGUUCAAAAAACUGAUCAAUCGAUGCUCAAGGGUAUUGGGUCUUUUGGAAAUUCGAGUAAUUUGACCCAAGAAGAUGAGACAGCAUCAUGGAUCCAGUACCCACUUGAAGAUUCUCUGGAAAAGGAGUUCUCUGAUUUCUUAUAUGAGUUUCCAGCUACCAAUCCCCACGAGGUUUAUAAGCCAUUCAAGCAAUUUGAAGCUGAUAAAUAUGUUAAAUUUGGUGUGGCAGAGGAGAACAAUGCGGUGGUCACUAAUAGUGCACUAAGAUCACAACCACCCAUUUUCAAACAAUCAAUUGACCAUAGUUUAUCUGAAAAUCCAAUGCCGCCUCCAAGGUUGCAAGUUCCUCCUUCAACCCAGCAAGACCCUAACUUGGAUGAGAUUGGAAGAGUUGUAAACUUUCCCCAUUUUUCAAAGCCAAUCAUGACCGGCUUAGGAUCGGCAAAAGGAUUAAUUGGAGAGCAAGGACGGGAGAAAGUGACAAGGGGUGAGGUUGGAGACUCCUCAGCCAUGACUAUUGGUUCAAGCCACUGCAGCAGCAACAACAUUGCAACUGAGGCUAAUUUGAGUCGAGUUUCCAGUAACGGGGUUGGCACAACUGACAUAUUACCUGGACCAGUCAAAGGGGAUGCUAGGAAAGUGCUUGCUAAGUGUGAGAGAGCACAAACUGGUUCCCUUGAGCCAACUGUUACUUCAUCUUCUGGUGGAUCUGGGAGCAGUUUUGGAAGAGCAGGCAAACAGUCCACUAGCCCCCACAGUAACAAGAGAAAGGGCAGAGAUACUGAUGAAUCUGAGUGCCUAAGUGAGGAGGCAGAAUUUGAAUCAGCAGAGGCAAAUAAGCCAGUUCAAAGAACUGGGUCCUCUCGCAGGAGCCGUGCUGCUGAGGUCCAUAAUCUAUCAGAGAGAAGGAGGAGGGACAGAAUCAAUGAGAAGAUGAAGGCGCUCCAAGAGCUUAUACCACACUGUAACAAGUCGGACAAAGCAUCCAUGCUAGAUGAGGCGAUCGAGUAUUUGAAGUCACUUCAGUUGCAACUUCAGAUAAUGUGGAUGGGGAGCGGAAUGGCUCCAAUGAUGUUCCCUGGUGUCCAACACUAUAUGUCACGAAUGGGUAUAGGAAUGGGCCCACCUUCCUUGCUCUCUAUGCAUAGUCCAAUGCAAUUGCCAAGGGUACCUAUGGUUGAUCAAGCAAUAUCUGCAUCUCCCACACCAAAUCAGUCUGUGAUGUGCCAACCCCCAGUCUUGAAUCCAAUUAAUUUCCAAAACCAGCUUCAAAAUUCCAAUUUCCCUGAACAGUAUGCAUGCUACAUGGGCUUCCACCAGCACAUGCAAACUCUGCCUCAGGCAAUGAAUAUGUUUGGAUAUGGCUCUCAAGUGGUGCCCCCAGGUCAUAAAAUGGUUCCUCCCAUCACUAGUGGUGGACCCUGCAAUGGAGGAAUUCCAAUCAACAAUACUCAAAAGCAGCAUGCUGGGUUAACCUCCGACAAUUAAUGUUUCGUCGUGAUGCUAAUGGUCCCCGCAGUGACAGAACACACCCGCCAUGAGAACUUGAAGCCAUCAAGGCUUCCUCUUUGUCCUUCUGCAUCCAGGGACCAAUUGGAGCAUUUAAACUGUUUGUCCAUGGUGGAGACAAUUACUCAACUUGCAUGAUUAAGACUGCAAGAAGUGUGGUGAAGGGCUUCAUACGUAAGUCUUUGGAAUAUUUCAAUCAAGCGUUCAAGCUUUGAAGUUGAGUUGUAAAUUGAUCUGUGUUUCAAUUAUCCUAACAGACGCUCUGAAGUUUUGGAAAAAGUUUCAUGUUAUUCUUUGUCUGAGUCUCUCAAUAUGGGGAAAUGUACAAAAUUUGUAGCUUUUAAUAAUAUAUGAGCACCUGGUCCUUUCUCUCAAA